AUGAUCAAAACAAGCCUCUGGACUGCUCUUUCUCUCAUUCUCCCAUUGGCAUCUGCUAGUGGAGGCGUCCAUUUCUCACACCAUGGCAACCGACCUCAAUGCACUGUUCUUGCUAAUGGAGGCACAACCAACGACGUCCCCAACAUCCUCGAAGCUUUCAGGAAAUGUGGUAACGGAGGUGACAUUGUCUUUCCAGAAGGUCAGAACUACUACAUCGCGUCGAAGUUGAACCCUAUCGUCAACGAUGUCAACAUCAACUGGGGAGGUAUCUGGACUGUAGGUNACACUGCAGAAGCAGGACACACCUUGCCUGGACGACCAAUGCCAUUCGUCCUCUGGAACGUCUCAGAUGUGACAGUCAAGAAGUUCUUCAUCAUCGACCCGCCUCUGUGGAGCUUCAACAUCAUGAAUGGUACAGAUGUGUGGGUGGACGAAUUCUACGCGAAUGCGACUGCAUCGAAAGCAAACUCGAGUCAGAACUGGGUGCAGAAUACAGAUGGGUUCGAUACAAUGGACUCCAAGAACAUUCGUCUCACGAACUUUGUUUAUCAAGGUGGAAAUGGCAUGGCCAUCGGAAGCCUUGGACAGUACCUCGAUGACAGCACUGUCGAGAACGUAAUCAUGGAUGAUGUGAAGAUCAUCCGAUGGAACGAAGACAUGCAUGGCUCCGUCCUGAUCAAAACGUGGGUCGGGGCCUUGGUUCCCCAGAACCCCUCAGCCAACGGCUACUACGAGAAUGCAGGCCAGCCACGAGGAGGUGGUUGGGGCUCCGUCCGUAACAUCCAGUUCUCAAACUUCCAGGUCGAGGGCGCAGACGCGGGACCAACCAUCAACCAAAACUCGGGUGAUAACGGCAGCUACGCCGGCACAAGUUUGAUGGAUGUGAGCAACAUUGUGUUUGCCAACUUCACUGGCUGGCUGUCGGGCAAAGAGUCGAAGAACCGGACAGCGAGUGUCAGUUGCUCGAAGGUUCAUCCGUGCUUCAAUAUCGCUUUUGAGAAUGUCACGCUGACGACAGCGGAAAAUUCGACGAGCACGGGAACUGGCAGCUGCAGCUACAUCUCAGCCGGCGGAGUGCACGGCUUGUCGGGAAGUGGUUGCUCGUAG